UCGUAGACGCGGAUUCGUGCAAAUGGCGUCAGUGGCAGUAUGAGCGAGCGUAUGCAGUGUAAUAACGCGUACGGGCCUCGUCCGGGCGCGGCGCCGCGCGGCCCAGCCUGACGGCGAGCGUGAGUGCGACGAUAUUGGUCGAGAUCGAAGAAAAAAAUAAUUAAUAAAAGGGGAUCAUUAAUUUUAUCGUCUUAUUGCAACGGUGUGUACGUUUCAACGACGAGUGGUGACACGCAGUGAGAAAGAGAGAGUGCCGUCGCAAGAGGGAUGCAGGCCGAACUGAUGUACCGAAAACCGUUGACAAUGACGACGUCUCCGAGUCAGAGUUUUCAUCAUCUUGGUAGCGGAAAGCGAGAGAAUGGUGGUAGAGACUCGAGGGAGACCAUACACUCUGGUCACUUCAUGGUGUCUGAUUUCGAGGCGGAGGCCCAGGACGACGAGGACGAGCUCGCAGUUCCUGUGCCGGACGAAGAGGCUGCCAGGAUGGCGAUCAUCGCCCCCAUAGGACUGUUUUACGAGAAAUUUGCCAGUAAUUCGUCGAAUGAGAAAAGUUCUCAGCAGCUCAGCAUCGAGACGUCCUUGAACAAGCUGUUCCAGUGCAUGUCCCUCGCUUACAGACAGAAAUUGACAUCGCCCAAGUGGAAUCGGUUCAAAGGGAUCAGGCUGAGAUGGAAGGACAAGAUCAGGCUAAACAACGUAAUAUGGAGAUGCUGGCACAUGCAAUUUAUACUGAAGCAGAACACGCUGGUGUGCCAGUUCGCAUCACCGUUGGAUGUUGAUACUCAUAACAAACCCGAGGCGGUGGUCUUAGAAGGCAAAUACUGGAAGCGAAAACUUGCUGCGGUUACUGCGGAAUACAAGAAAUGGCGUAUGUUCUACCGGAACAAGAUCCUUGGCUGGACGAACAAGGAUGGCAGCGAGAUGAAACCAUCGUCGUUUCAGAUGGAAUCGAUGGAUGUGUUAGAUUGGGACACCGGAUUGGGAAACUCGGGCAACUAUGGAGCAGGUACAGGCAACAUACACGGAGGGACCACUGGGACUCCAGGAGGAGAGAGUAUGAUGGUUGAUGAGGAUUACAUGGAGCUUAUGACUGAUACGUUAUUUUCAACAAUCAGUUCGAAUCAACCAAUAUACUUUCCCGAUCCCAGAGAAAUUGCGCGAGGAGCUAGUCUGGCGGAUUUUAUACAACCCAGUCUUGGACCUCUCCAGCCGAAUUUAGACGAUUUUAUGGACACCCUCGAGCCACUGCAAGAAUUUCUAAAUUCGAAGUUACCACCUGUACCCGAAGAGGACGAUAUGUUUCGAAACGGUAGCUUGAACGCGAACUAUCCUGAUCUCGACCUGAUGACGCCUAUGAAUCAAAUGAACGAGCUAAGCCAAGAAUCGGCAGUGAAGAACGAUCAAGCUUCGCAACAGCAAGCGUUAACUCGGGACGAGCAUUCGGGCACUAUACAAAAUCUUCAGUAUACCGCCAAGAUAUAUACUCAAUCUCAACCGGAGCCAAAUGCGUUCAGGAAUAACAUAGCUCUUGGCGAGAAUUAUAAUACUAUACAACAAAGCUAUGAACCACCUCCAACGAGUCAACCUAUCAGGGAAAAGAGUCGACCAAGUAGGAUCUCUUCGAGAACUAGCCGAGUGAUUCAACAAGCUCAACAACAACAGAAUACGUAUCAAAGAACAACGCAUCAGCAGAAUUCUGCUUACCCUCAGAGUUCUCAACAGUCUUAUGCUAUGGAGAUACAAACCGUUCAACUGACACCUGUUCAGAAUCAAAUGCAAUUGGCAGGGUUAAAUGACCAAUCUGUACACGCUAAUCAAAUAUCACCUAUCACUGGCCACGUUCAGAACUUGGUAACUGUACAACAAAAUUUUGGUCAGACAAAUUCCACGGUGUCUACUCAGCACAGAGCUAUCAGACCUUUGCCACCGGUCGCACCUGUGUCCACCAAGCCUUACAAAGUCGUUCAACCGCAACAGUGUUACAAAUUCUCCUCUCUUCCGCAGAGCUUUAAUGCGCAGCAAUGUAAAUUCAAUGCGAAUAAUUUCAAGACACACCCACCACAACAGGUGGUAUCGGUUUCCGCGGAGCGACCAUCGCAAUCGCCGAUACUGUUACAGUGCAGAUCCUCGGGUUUGGAUCUCAGCACACCGACAACUGUACAACCUACAAAAUUGUUACCGCAACCUGGUGUAUCGAAUUCGGAGAAAGAGGAAGUUUUCGCUGUGCCCAAGUAUCAGAUGAAAACGAGAAAUAGAUCUCGAAGUAGUUCAUCGUUAACUGCUCCACGAAUGCAUCCACCUCCAUUAGUAUCAGCGGCGAGCGAUCCCGCUCUAAAUCUAAAUAACAAUGUUUUGCUCGCACAGUUACUCACGAAUAACACAUCUGGUGUACAUACAAUGAAUAUGCCGGCUGAUAAUAUAAUGCCGACAGUGAACCAAACAGCCGCUACAAUGAAACACAUCUUACCAAUGCUUCCACCUUCAGCUUCGCCCACGCAGGUGACGACCGCCCAGCAUAUUACAACUCCGGUCACUGUUCAGUCGAUGCAAACAUCACCGAUGCAAGUGCAAUCACCUCAGCAACAGGCUAUGCAACAGUCCACUUGCAGCCAGCAAAUAUUAUUAAGUACAAACGCUCAGUCACACCAGCAACAAAAUAGUCCUGGAUCACCGAAGGACAGUACAAACGCGCACAGCCCCCAGGCGUUAAGUUUAAGUCCUUUGCAUAGUCCAAUGAGCAUAGGAAGUCCAAUGUCACCAAGUCGAGGGUACAUAAAGGGUGAAACUGAACGAGCACAGUACAAAGAGCAGAGAAGAGUGGGGCAUACUCACGCGGAACAAAAGCGUAGAUAUAACAUUAAGAAUGGAUUCGACAUGUUGCACAGUUUGAUACCGCAGCUCAGUCAGAAUCCAAACACGAAGUUGAGCAAAGCCGCGAUGUUGCAGAAGGGGGCGGAUUAUAUCAGGCAGUUGAGGGCGGAGAGAAAUCAGUUGAAAGAGGAGAUGGAUAGCUUGAGAAGCCAAAUCGAGUGCCUUAAUACGUCGAUUAGUAAUUGUCAAUCUAUGCUUCCUGCAACGGGUGCUCCAAUUUCUAGACACAGGACUAGUAAGAUGAAGGAGAUGUUCGACGAGUACGUACGUACUCGUACACGAGAAAAUUGGAAAUUUUGGAUUUUCAGUAUAUUACUUGAGCCUUUGAUGAUUUCCUUCAAUACGUCAGUGUCAACCGCGAGCAUCGAAGAUUUAUACAGAAGUACAAUGUUGUGGGUGGAGCAGCAUUGCUCGCUUGUCGAUCUCAGACCAGCCGUUCUGAACUCCCUCAGAUAUCUGUGUACUGCCACUGAUAUUCUAUCAGAUCCUGGUCGUCUACCUGAAGAAGCACUCGCAGCAGUCAAUCGUACGGAACGGCGACGAUCAACGCAAUGACCAAUUUAUAUUAUGCAAAUUCGACGGCGAAACGUAAUUUGCAUGUACGUUUAAGAUUUAGUCGCAUACCAGCAGAAUAAAAGCAGUUACCGUAGCCAUAAGCCAGUUUUAGAAGAAACCGCGUGAAAAUUCUGAUGACAAUUUCUCUUUUUCCUUUGGUUCAUAGUAGAUUUUCUCCAGGUUUCCUUACGCAACGAUCCUGGUUAAAGAUAAAAGUGCAAUUUUUCCUUGUCUCAUUUUUUUCGAAAUUGUGAUUAAAAGAUAGGAUGAUUGAGGAUUAUUAAUUGUAUAAAGAGCACGUGGAAAUGUACAUGAAUUUAAUUGCAAAUGAUUUACAAAAUGUGUAUAGACUGUUACAGAUUUGGAACAUAUUGAGAUUUGAACAUGUUUUUUUUUUAUGUCUGUUAUCGCAGUUAUGUUUGUAUCAGAUAUUAACAAAGCAAAGGUACAUUUAUAUUUAUUAGGUAAUUAUGUCGCAUCACGUAUUUACUUUCAUCCAGCGCUAAGAAAAAUUAUAUUUCAUGUUCGGAUUGCGAUAACAUUUUUAUGAUAAAUUGUGUUUUCGUUGACUCAUUUAACUCGUUAUAAUACUUGCCUAUAUAUUUUGGUAAUGUUUAAGGAAACAAUGAUGAAAAAUAUAUAGAGCAAACCAUUCCAUUAUAUUUUUACUAUGCUUGUUUUCGACUUAGUACCAUAUUUUUGGCAGUACUACUAAAAAAUUAACGUUUUAUCUGUUGCUCUAUAAGAAAAUGGAAUUAAUGUUUUUGAAAUUGUUCUUUUUUUUUGUAGAUAACAUUUCUUUCUAUCUUUAAGAUAAAAAUAUAUUGUGGACACAUACGUUGUGUGUUAUCGAUAUAUUUUUAUGAUAAUUGAAAUACAAGUAAUUUUUUUUAAUCGUUUAGUUUUGGAAAAUGAAUGAAUAAAGAAUUGUUAACGAAAAAUUAGCGCUAAGUUAUAUAAACCUUUUUACACCUCGGGGAAAUACAUGUAGGAGUACCUAGGUGAAAUCGGUAUCAUAAAAUUCUAUUACGAAAGACUGGAAUCAGAAGUUUAAAAUCUAUGAAAUUAUGCCUUUUACUAUUAUAGGUGCAAUUAAAUUUAACAAUUGAAGAUUAUACAUUUUUAUCAAUACCGACCGUGUAUGUACACUAUAUUGAAUACAUAGUUGUUGAUACUUGCAUAGUAGAAUGAAGAAUUUAUAUUUGCAUAUAAUUGAACUACGUACGAGAUGAAAAAUGGGUUGCUCAGAAAUUAUAAGUAUACAUAAUAUACUAAUAAUGUUAUGAAAUGUGAAGUUUUUAUUGCGAAAUUUCAUGUGAUAAUGUACAAAUCAUUUAUAAAAUUUAAAUAUUAGCUUAAGCCAUGAAAGACUUCUGCGUAUUGUAAUGUUAUUAUUGUCAUUAAAUAUUAAUUGUAUAUAACAAAAUGUUAUGUAGUGUGAGUGAUGUAUAGUUUUUCAAAAGCUUAACCUGCUUCUUUCAAUGAUCACAAAACAUAAAAUUUACUUAAUUUGAUUUUUACAAUAUACAGACGUCUUUUAUUUGAAAUUUACAUUGUGUACUCAUAAGUCAUAAAAAAUAUAAAGAAUCAAUGAUGGGAUGUUGUUUUUGUACAAUAUGUAUCAUAUAAUCACAUAAACAUUCAUGUACUGUUAAAUGUUUACUUCCAUAAAAAAAAAUUUUAAUUCCA